AUGAAUUCGAACGUCGCAGUUGUGCUGAAAUUUUUGCUUAUUCUUUUUGCUAUAACGCAAAUUCAAUCUGAUAAUCUAGUAGAAGGGCCGAACGCUGAGAACCAGUGUGGUGUAUCUUUAAGAGCUAGUGGAUUGAUCUACAAUGGAAAAGUGGUGAAAAGAAAUCAGUGGCCGUUCUUGGUGGCAAUGAUGAUGGUUGCCGAUGGGAAGUUUUUCUGUGGUGGAACUCUCAUUUCACGCAGUCAUGUCCUAACAGCUGCACAUUGCCUUCAAGAAAAGGGUCAGGAAGCACCUUUAACACCAUCAAAAUUCGUUUUGCAUCUCGGAAAAUAUAAUUUGAGUCUUGUCUAUGAACGCGGCUCAAUCCCAGCUUUUCCUGAAAAAAUAAAAAUUCAUCCCGAUUGGAACAUUCAUCAAGAGAAAUAUGAUUCAGACAUUGCAUUAAUUAAAAUUGAUGGAACUGUCCCAAUAAGAUCAAAUAUUUAUCCUGCGUGCUUAUGGAGCUCUGCAUUAGGAAUGAGAAAUGUUCCAACUGGAACUGUUAUCGGAUGGGGAGUCAUCGAAGAUCAGUUGACAACCCAACAUCAAUUAAUUGCAAGACAAGUCGAUCUGAGGAUUGUUACAAAUGAAGUUUGCUAUGAAGAUGAAACUAUGGAAAGUUUAAUUUCAAGUCGCACAUUUUGUGCUAUCGGUGAAAAUGGAAGUGGACCAUGUAAAGGUGAAGUGAAGGAAUAUUGA